AUGAAAUCCGGAAACACUGAGCUGAAGUUGCACGGAAAGGCAAAACACUCGAACUCAAAAGAUCAGCGAGACAAGCUCAAGCAACAAGUCGAUGGAAAGACCCCAAUAGAACCGGUCAACGAUUUGACGCAGAAGCUCGAGGCCGAGGUUGCCAAGGCUAAAGCGCUCCAUGAACAAGCUGAGGAAGAGAAGAACGAAGCCUCAUUCCGAUCGACUGCCAUGUCAAACAUGGUCAAGAAAACCCAAGAUAGGCUGACGAGUCUCACCAAGGAACUUGAAGCAGAAAAGGAAGCCCAUGCGAGAACUCGAGCCGAAGCAGCGCUCCAACAGGCCGCCGUUCAGCCAUCGUCAUCGCAUCCCGUUGAGCUCCCGCCAGCACCAACUCCUGUCAUCUCGCAAUCAUCUGUCAUCGUCCCUUCUGUGCCCACUCCGACAAGUGCUUCUGGUACAACUUCCACCGUUCAACACAUGACUGAGACUGUGCCACAUGUCCCCAGCAAUCGAUCUUCUCGCCAUUUUCCAAUCAACCAUCCACAUUCCGCACUACCGCAUCAUCUGCUGUUUUUGGAUCGACGACUCUUUUCCAGGCUCAAACAUCUUCAAAUCUUUUGCCAACAUCAUCUUCCACUGUUACCG